CAGAAGAUCAAGUCCGACAUCGAUCGAAGACUGAAAAAAUUGGAGAAACGACCGGCUUUCAUGAAUGCAUUGUCGUACUUGAGAGACCCAGGAAGGAUCAAUGACCUAAGGAAAGAUUUUGACGAAGCAUUGAAAUUGUUUCAGGUAGGUUUUCCAGUAUCGUUCCAUAAUCAUUCUGAUUUUCGGGCGAUGCAGCUUAGGGCAAACCUAAUAGGCGGCGCCAAAUUAGCGGCCAUAGAACGUCGUCUACAGGAUGACAAAAUCUUGGAUAGUCUCCGAUUCCCUCAUAUCGCUCACGAUGACUCCACUCAGGCAUGCCUAGAAGGCACUAGGGUGGAUCUCACCGAGCAUAUUAUGACAUGGUGCCGCAACACUGGGAGAAUGAGAACCGGUUAAUGCUACUGACAGCUGUGGCCGGUGCCGGCAAGACUUCGAUUACACUCACGAUAGCAGAACGAUGUGCGAGCGAAGAGGACGUUACCUUAUUGUUGCACUUCUUCUUUAAAGCGGGCGAACGGUCACGGCCCGAUUCUCUAUUCAGCGGCAUAGCUCGGGUUCUGGCAGAACAUGACCCGGUUUACCGCACUUGCAUUAUCUCUGCUCUUCGAAAAGACUCUUCCCUCUCAACAGCUCCACUUGCGAAGCAAUUCAGGGAUUUGGUGGCUUCGCCUCUCCUCCACAAACCUCCGCCUCCCAGCCAUCCUAUGGUGGUCAUCAUCGAUGCUUUAGACGAGUGUGACAAAGAAGCGUUUGAGCCCCUUGCUGAAACACUUGGGGAGGAAGUGCCUAAGCUACCAUCUUCCAUUAAAUUCUUUAUCACAUCGAGACAAUUUGAUCUCGUGAAUCGCUUCCUCUCCCCCAAUUACCCUAUCGAUCGUCUCACUAUUGAUCUUUCGGAUAAGACAAACAUGCAGGACUGCGCUGCAUACAUACGUUCUCAGCUUCAAAAGCUGAGGAAAGUACACCCGGAUUUACGCCAUAAUCUUCAGGACGAAGAUAAAUCGGUACAGGAGAUCUCGGAACGUGCCAAUGGUUUGUUUAUCUGGAUCAGCACCAUCUUUUGCUACAUGAAGACGACCAGCGAGGAUCCUAUGAUGACACUAAAGAGCCUGCUUGACACCAGUGCCAAACGAUCAAAGGUUCCUGCUGAGGAAAUGAUGGAUCGCUUGUACACAAACAUUCUGAAGAGGUGUAAUUGGAAGAUUGAAGGUUUUGUACAUGACUACCCGAUUGUGGUGGGAGCAAUCUUCAUUGCACAGCAGCCUCUGUCCAUCGCAAGCUGGGAUAGGAUUUUGUUACCUUUUUUGAAAUCCUCUGUUCGAUAUACGUUAGCCGAACUUGCACCUCUCCUCUCAGGAGUUGAGAACCCUCACAUUCCGAUUCGCAUCCUACAUCAAUCCUUCCGCGACUUUAUUCUGGAUCGAAUCGACCCCCGAUCAAUCGGCCUUGGUUGCAGUUCAAUAGAUGUGAAGACCGAGAAUGUCAGGGUUGCCCUGCGAUGUACCGAGAUUCUCAACCAGGAUCUUUCCUCUGUAAAGGGCUUAGGACUAAUUGAAAAUCUGUCCGAAAAAGACGAAAUGCCGCGCAUUCCUCGAGAGGAGUUAUCCGAGCACUUUCAUUAUGCAUGUCGCCAUAUUGUCCAUCACCUCAGUGGAGUCCAGGAACCGGAGGAGGGGCUUGCUGUGUCAGUUGCUGUAUUUCUCACUCAGGAAGCAACUCACUGGGUGGAAGUUUGUGUGAGAAUGGAGGGCUACAUUAGUAUCUCGUCACUACCCAAGUGGGCUAAGCAGGCUGUUGAGCACCGGUCCAAGGAUGCCGUCCGUGGAUUGGCUAAUGAGCUUAUCCAGCUUGCAAGAAUUUGGAAUUCUUUUCAAAAUUCCAGGAGGCUUAUGAGGCAGCGAACGAUUCCAUUAUGCUCUGCCGUGGCCUUGUUUCUCUGGACCCGGGAUCUACACCUCGGAUUUGGCCGAGUCACUCAUCAAUCUAUAUUGCGCUCUUUCCAAUCUUGGACAGCACUCGGAGGCACUCCCAUUAUUGAAGAAAGCGUCAAACUCCACCGCCAGCUAGUUGCUGUUGACCCAGGAUCACAUACCCCGUAUUUGGCCAGGUCACUCAACAACCUAUGCAAUGCUCUUUCCAAUCUGGGACGGGACUCAGAGGCGCUCCCAUUCAUCGAAGAAAGUGUCAACUCCGACGCCAGCUAGUUGCUGUUCACCCGGAUCAUACACCCAGGUUUGGCCAAGUCACUCAACAAUCUAUAUGCACUCUUUCCAGUCUCGGACGGCACUCGAAGGCACUC